UACCUUAAAAAGUAUUUUUCUUCACUGGACUGAGGAUUGUAGAUAGUACAGUACAAUUGAUUAGACGGGGACUUUGGUAAUCCACCAAAGUUUAUAGACAGUAUAGGCAUGCAUUGUCCCCCGAUGAAUCAUGAAGCUUGUCGAAAAAGCACACGAGUUAAAGCAUAGAAGCCUCCACUUUCUAGCUAUUGGAAUCCAGAAGUGAAAUGUGAGUUCAUCCCUUUCUUCUACCUUUGGUGAUCAUAAGAUGUCGAAUGUCAUCCAUUUGCUAUUUAAUGAUGAGAUAACAAGAAGAGAUAGAUCAAGAAAAUGAAGGGAAGAUUGCUGAAGAAGAUGAAACUCUUUCCUUCCAUUAGCUCUUUAAAACAAGGCCUCUCUCUUCUGUCUGACCCCACUGAGAACACUUGUAGCCAAAUAUGUGAAACCCCACCAGUUUUAGAAGAACAAAUUUCCAAGAGCAGCAACUUCAGGGUGUCCCUGCCAGUAGUAGAAUGUUGCAUCAUAUCCCAACAUAUUAGAGAUCUAAAAGAUACAGAAGGUGAACUCGAAAUUAGUGUCAGCAACCAAAACCAUCUCGUUCCCUUCAUAAAGUCUGAAGAAAUAUUGGCUGCUAAACAUAAUACAGAGCCUCCAUGCCUAUCAGACAUGAUUACCAUGGAACCAAAUGGUGGGCACCAAGUGAAAGUGGGCAAUCGUCAAGAACAUUCAUCUUUGUUAGACUUUGAAGAGAGAUGCCCACCAGGAGGAAGUGAAUCUGUUAUAUUUUAUUCGACAAGCUUGAGAAGUAUUAGGAAAACGUUCGAAGAAUGCAACAGUAUUCGGUUCCUACUCGAAAGCUUCAAAGUGCUGUUCUUCGAGAGAGAUGUAUCGAUGCACUUGGAAUUCAGGGAGGAGCUGUGGGAAGUCUUGGGGGGCAGGGUGAUCCCGCCACGACUUUUUAUUAAGGGAAGGUACAUCGGAGGAGCAGACGAAGUGGUAGGCCUGCAUGAGCAAGGAAAACUAAGGAAAUUGCUGGAAGGCAUGCCAUUGGACUUGGCAAAUUCACCUUGCUCUUGCUGUGCAAACACCAGGUUUCUAGUGUGCCCAAGCUGCAAUGGCAGUUGCAAGGUUCUUAAAGAUGACAUCAACUACAACAACAUCAACAUCGACUUGUAUAAUAGAUGUACUGAUUGCAAUGAGAAUGGGUUAGCCAAAUGCCCCAUUUGCUGCUGAAAACACUAUAAUCUUCCUCAUGUAACAACACUCACUGUCUACUUCUAUGUAAGUCAAUAUCUUCUCUCUUAAAAUUUUCUGUUUAUUAGCUAGCUUUUAGAACUCGACGGCCGUGCUAUGUUCGAAGUCUCAACCGCCGUUGUAGUUUUUAUGUAGUUUUUCCUAGUAGACCAUUUGUAUUCCUGCAAAUCAAUGAAUUUCUAGCUACCAAAGCUACAUUUGAUCCUA